AUGGACGACUGGAAGCCCAGCCCCCUCGCCAAGCCCUUCGGGGCUCGCAAGAAGAGGAGCUGGUACCUUACCUGGAAGUAUAAGCUGACCAACCAGCGGGCCUUGCGGAGAUUCUGUCAGACAGGGGCUGUGCUUUUCCUGCUGGUGACUGUCAUCGUCAACAUCAAGUUGAUCCUGGACACACGACGGGCCAUCAGCGAGGCCAGUGAAGACUUGGAGCCGGAGCAAGACUAUGAUGAGGCCCUGGGCCGGUUGGAGCCGCCCCGGCACAGGGGCAGUGGACCCCGGAGGGUCCUGGAUGUGGAGGUGUAUUCCAGCCGCAGCAAAGUGUAUGUGGCCGUGGACGGCACUACGGUCCUGGAGGAUGAGGCCCGUGAGCAGGGCCGAGGCAUCCAUGUCAUCGUCCUCAACCAGGCCACGGGCCACGUGAUGGCAAAGCGGGUGUUUGACACCUACUCACCUCAUGAGGAUGAGGCCAUGGUUCUGUUCCUCAACAUGGUGGCGCCCGGCCGAGUGCUCAUCUGCACCGUCAAGGACGAGGGCUCCUUCCACCUCAAGGACACGGCCAAGGCUCUGCUGAGGAGCCUCGGCAGCCAGGCCGGCCCUGCCCUGGGCUGGAGGGACACCUGGGCCUUCGUGGGACGAAAAGGAGGUCCUGUCCUCGGGGAGAAGCACUCUAAGUCACCCGCCCUUUCGUCCUGGGGGGACCCAGUCCUACUGAAGACAGACGUGCCGCUGAGCUCAGCUGAAGAGGCAGAGUGCCACUGGGCGGACACAGAGCUGAACCGGCGCCGCCGGCGCUUCUGCAGCAAAGUGGAGGGCUACGGGAGCGUGUGCAGCUGCAAGGACCCCACCCCCAUCGAGUUCAGCCCCGACCCACUCCCAGACAACAAGGUCCUCAAUGUGCCCGUGGCUGUCAUUGCGGGGAACCGGCCCAAUUACCUGUACAGGAUGCUGCGCUCUCUGCUCUCAGCCCAGGGCGUGUCUCCCCAGAUGAUAACUGUGUUCAUUGACGGCUAUUACGAGGAGCCAAUGGACGUCGUGGCGCUGUUUGGUUUGAGGGGCAUCCAGCACACCCCCAUCAGCAUCAAGAAUGCCCGCGUGUCUCAGCACUACAAGGCCAGCCUCACUGCCACGUUCAACCUGUUCCCGGAAGCCAAGUUCGCUGUGGUUUUGGAAGAAGACCUGGACAUUGCGGUGGAUUUUUUCAGUUUCCUGAGCCAAUCCAUCCACCUGCUGGAGGAGGAUGACAGCCUGUACUGUAUCUCUGCCUGGAACGACCAGGGGUACGAACACACGGCUGAGGACCCGGCAUUGCUGUACCGCGUGGAGACCAUGCCGGGGCUGGGCUGGGUGCUGAGGAGGUCUUUGUACAAGGAGGAGCUUGAGCCCAAGUGGCCCACGCCAGAAAAGCUCUGGGACUGGGACAUGUGGAUGCGGAUGCCUGAACAGCGCCGGGGCCGGGAGUGCGUCAUUCCUGACGUCUCCCGCUCCUACCACUUCGGCAUCGCGGGCCUCAACAUGAAUGGCUACUUCCACGAGGCCUACUUCAAGAAGCACAAAUUCAACACGGUUCCAGGCGUCCAGCUCAGGAACGUGGACAGUCUGAAGAAGGACGCUUACGAGGUGGAAGUCCACCGGCUGCUUAGUGAAGCCGAGGUGUUGGACCACAGCAAGAACCCGUGUGAAGACUCUUUCCUGCCGGACACUGAGGGCCACACCUACGUGGCCUUUAUCCGAAUGGAGAAAGACGAUGACUUCACCACCUGGACUCAGCUUGCCAAGUGCCUCCAUAUCUGGGACCUGGAUGUGCGCGGCAACCACCGGGGCCUGUGGAGGCUGUUUCGGAAGAAGAACCACUUUCUGGUCGUGGGGGUCCCAGCCUCCCCGUACUCGGUGAAGAAGCCACCGGCAAUCACCCCAAUUUUCCUGGAGCCGCCCCCAAAGGAGGAGGGGGCCCCAGGUGCUGCAGAACAGACGUGA